AUGGCAAGCAGCGUUGUCUUGGAGGAAGAAUACGAUGAAAAUUAUGAGCCGACCCAAGAAGAGGUCAUCGAGUAUGCAAAGUUUUUGGGCAUGGACCCAGUUGCAGAUAAACACUUGCUUUGGAUAGCUCGAGAUUCAUUGAAAGCACCGCUUCCUGCUGAUUGGAAGCCAUGGUGUGUUGGAUAA